GCGAUUUGAAUGCAGUUUGCUGUCUACACUGCAGUAUAUCUGUAGGAGUUUGUUAUGACUGUCACUAAUCGUUAAUUUGCAUGUGUCGAAAAAGCCGAUGAUUCACUGACUUAUGCAGUUUUAUAUCGAUCUUUUAUUAAAUAAUUGAUAACAAAUAAUGGCGUCGGGAUUAGAGAGUUACAUGAAUCAUACGGUUUCGAUUAUCACGUCGGACGGUAGAAAUUUUAUUGGCACAUUAAAAGGUUUUGAUCAGACAAUCAACAUAAUUCUUGAUGAAUCACAUGAACGGGUAUAUAGUACAACGCAGGGAGUGGAACAAGUUGUCUUAGGUUUACAUAUUAUCAGAGGAGACAAUGUAGCGAUAGUAGGCGAAUUAGAUGAUGAGAUGGAUGCACGAUUGGAUCUUUCAGCGAUACGUGCUGAUCCUCUAAGUUCCAUUAUACAUUGACGAACGUAUUUGGGAUUGCAAUUCAAAUUGCCGCUCAUUCUCAUUCGAAAUUUAAAAUAAAAGCAACUGUACGUUAUAAAAAGAAAAGAAUACAACUCUUCAUACAAGUUG